AACAAAUCUAAUAAGAACAAAACCACGACGCAAAUAGCAAACCGUGUGGAAGUAAAACUGCAGCAGAAAUUGGGAGUGUUUUUGAAGAAAGACGAACGAGUUUGAUCGAGCAGAGGCCGAAUAGUGAGUGAGAGGUGAAACAUUAUGAAACGGAAUGUGAAAGUUGCAUUCGUGGGAUCAAUCCCAUCCUGCUUCGCAAGUGUGACAUGGCCCAUAACUUUCACCCAGGGGAAUUCUUCGUCCACUCCAAAUGUCAUCAAAGUUGAAACUGGUUCGGGUGGAACUCACUACCUUUCUCUGGUUGGGGGCAGUGGUGGUGGGCAUUCCAGUCGAGAUGGGGAUAAUGACCUGCUAAAAAUUCACGCCAAACUGGGAGCUUCCCUCGGCCUUGGAGAAGGAGACGUCGUCACUGUCCAACCCCACUCGGGACCUUUCACUGAAAUAAAAAAUGCUCACGUCGUCUGCGCUUCGGCGGAUGAUUGGGAAAUUUUGGAAUCCAAUACAGACGCGGUAAUUAAUGGUUUACUAAACCAACUCCGAGUCGUCUAUCUGGGCCAAAAGUUUCCCUUUUGGGUUACAAAAUCUCUCCAAAUUAACCUCAAGAUUGAACUCCUGGACCCUCCUGUGACUCAAUUUGGGAUUUUAAUGGACAAUAGUGAAAUCAUUGUGCAGUCAAUUUCAUCUGUCGUCUCUCAUCCGCUGUCUAUGAUGACCAAGAAACUUUUCAAAUUGAGAAUUCAUCCAAUUUCCAUACCAGAUUCGGUCCUCUCCACUUUCCCAACGUCUUCACUAGUGCUUAAAAAUACAAGAAACUGCUUCGUUUUUCGAGAAAGUUUGACCAAACUGAACAAGACCUGUGAUGACGAUAGCCACGAAUCUAAUCAAUGUUGCGAUCCAUAUUUUCUGGCCGAUUUAUUACUUCCAAGCAAUGUUAAUGUAAAGGUGAAAGUUUUCCUGUUGGAAUAUUCUGAAAUUAGUGCAAAACUAUUGAAAUAUUUUUACGUCACGAAUCCUCCCUGUGUUUACGUCCAUCCUGAGCUAAUCAGGGAGUUUGACAUGGAGGUAAAGUCUUAUAUUUGGAUAAAGGACUUGAAAGAUGAAACUGGAGGAGACGAUGUACCGUCGGGUAAAUUAUGCCAGCUUGGAAACACGGUGGAUAGCUUUCUCCAAGAUAAGAAUCGCAUCGUUGAUAAAAUAUUUUCCUCCCUGCUUGACGAAAGUCAACUAUUUGUUGAAGCAUCGCUUUCACUCGGGAGUGAAAGUAGUCAUCCAUUCAUCGGACCUAAUAACGGGUCACUGCUUAUUGAAGGUAAAAUGGGAAGUGGAAAGAGUUGGAUUACCACCACACUGUCCAAAAGAGUUGAAAGGUCCCCCUACUACGUUCACUGUGAAUUCAUAUCCUGUUCUAAAUGGAGGGGAAAAAAGCCAGAAACGAUGGAGAAAGAACUCAGAGUCAUAUUGGAAGCUUGCGUCAGGUUGCAACCUGCACUUCUAGUGCUGGACGAUCUCGAUGUCAUAGCUCCCGUGGGGUUAUCGCAGCAGGAGAAUCUGCAGGAACAGUUUCUUCAUUUCAAAAUUUGCGAGACGAUACGAGAAUCUCUGUUGGCAUAUAGUGGACAACAUUUAACCGUUGUGGCCACCACGAAAAGUAAGGAAGCCCUUAACCCUUACUGGAAGUCUAGGCCGGGGUUCCAUUUCUUUCACAAAACUAUCGUCAUUCCUCCACCAAAUUCAGUCGAGCGACUCUGCAUUUUCGAAGAAUGUCUUACUCGAUAUAAAGUCUCUGCACAUCAAAUAUCCUCACUAAUUAGUGAUCCUCGUGUUCAGAAUCUACUAAAGAAUACUCACGACCUAUAUGCAUCCCCUCGUUUUAUUUCUACCAUUGCUAAAAGAUUUGCAUCAUCGCUCAUUACACGAGACGGUCUAAAUGAAACUGACGACUUCACAACUUUGGAUAAUUUCAUAUCUGACGAGAUCAAAUUUUACGACAUGGAAGGGAACGUUGGCGAAAAGAGUGUAGUUCACGUCAAGUGGGAGAAUGUUGGUGGACUACACAAAAUUAAGCAAGAUUUAGUGAAAAUUCUUCAAUGGCCAAUUAAGUACAAGAAAUUUUUUGAAAAUGCUCCGAUAAAAUUGCCCUCUGGAAUUCUUCUGUACGGAUACCCAGGCACUGGGAAAACGCUUCUUGGCCUGGCAAUUCCUUCCUUAGUGCAUACAAAAUUCAUCCACAUUAAAGGUCCAGAGCUAUUGUCGAAAUACAUUGGAGCAAGUGAACAAGCGGUGCAGGACGUCUUCAAACGAGCAAGAAAUUCCAGCCCUUGUGUAAUUUUCUUUGAUGAAUUCGACAGUCUUGUUCCACGUCGUGGCCAUGAUUCUACCGGAGUGACGGAUCGUGUCGUGAACCAAUUUUUAGCUGAGAUGGAUGGAAUUGAGGGUGGAUUAGGAAAGGGGGUAUAUUUAGUGGGGGCAACAUCCCGUCCAGACCUUAUAGAUCCAGCCGUCCUCCGACCCGGCCGAUUAGAUAAGCAUCUCUUCUUCGAUCUACCCAAUAAAGAGGAACGGAUUGAAAUCCUGUCUCAUCUCGGGGCUCAAGUGAAUCUCCAACUUUCUCCAGAAACAAACUCGCUGGAUUUGCUGGGAGAGGGGAUGACCGGUUUGACUGGGGCGGAUAUCCACGCCCUUGUCUGCAAUGCUCAACUCGCCGCAGUACAAAGAUACCUAGGGAAACUGGGAAGUUACUGGAAUAAUGAAGCCACUUCAGAAGAACAAUGCCCCUCAUCGGCUGAGCAGCUAGUGAAUAAGGAUCUGACCCCAGCCGACAUUCCGGUGAAAGUCGAAGACUUGGCCGACGCUCUGUCCGCCUUUCGGCCUUCACUUCAUGGCGAAGAAUUCACUCGGUUUCGAAUCAUCUACGAAACAUUUGCCAUGGGCGGUAGUGGAAGUGGAGACACACGCCAAAUCACUGCUGGAAAAAGGGCAACGUCAGCUUAAAAAUCAGUGAAUAAAAAAGUUGGUCAAUAAUUUAUGUCCUUUUUCUAUCCUGCUUGGGAGGGAGUGAGGGAAAAAAGACUGCUGAUUGUUGAUUAUGCUCAAGGGACUAAAUUUUCAAUUCAGUCUCGAAGAAUCUUUUAUUAUCAUGAUAAUUUAUGAGAGUGACUGCUUUAUAAUAAGAAGCAGGCACAAUUUACUCUAUAAAACUCUACCUACAGAAUAUUGUGUACAUAUUUAGUAUAUACGACUUAUUUGUUCAAAUAGUUUUUAUUUUCGCUGUGUACAAUCUUCAACUUGAAUGGUUGAUUGUUGUGCAUGUUGUCAAAUAAAGUCGACUCUGCUCAAGUCUCAAUGUUAUAUAAGCAAUA